AACGCGCUCUGGCAGUGGUCUGCUGCUCUGAUGUGACGCAUGCGUUAAACAAACGCCGGAUUCCGAAAGACAUGGCGGCGAACAUUGAGCAGAUUUUUCGUGAUUUCGUAGUAAAUAAGAUAAAAGAAAUAGAAGAUGAGAGUCAAGAUAUCAGCCCGACAGAUGAAGGCAAUCCUAAUGGUAAAACAGCAGAAGUCGAUGGAAUCACUGACACACAAGACAAAGAUGGUGUAGUUGACAAGGAUGAGGGAGAUGCUCCACACAAGAAGCACAAGAAGCACAAAAAGCACAAAAAACACAAAAGUAAAAAGAAGAAACAGAAGGAAGAUAAAGAGAACGGCUCAGAAUCAGCAGCAGACUCCGAUGGAGAAAAGGCAAAAACUGGGGAAGAGGAUGAUGGGAGAUCCAAACGGCAUAAACGACAUUCUGGGAAAAAGAAGAAAAAGAAGCGUAAGAAGGACUGCGACAAAUCUGACAGCUCAUCUGGGUCAGACUCGGAAUCUGAGUCAAAGCCUCAGUCUGGGAACAAGGAAAGCAAACCUCGGGAUUUGCCUGAUAUAAUCCCCAAACUAGGGGAGAAACAUACAGAAAAGUCCUCCCGAAGUUCCCGGUCUCGUUUAGGCAAGCGCAAAUCGAGGUCCAAAUCCCGUAACAGGAGAGAGAGAUCCAGGUCUGGUAGAAGAGGUGGCGCACGUUCCCGAUCACGGCAACGCAGGUCCAGGUCACGCUCUAGAAAGUCUAGGUCCAGGUCACGCUCUAGAAAGUCUAGGUCUAGGUCUGGCAAGAGAGGCAGGAGAACACGGUCAAGGUCCCUUGUUAUCUUAAAGAAAGACAGACGGUCUACUUCAAGAUCCAGAAAGCAAUCAAGAUCUAGGACGAGGACUCCCUCUCCCUCCGAGAACAACAACUCCAAAUCCAGGUCUGCCUCAAGGGAAGCUCCAUUAGCUGAGAAUAAUCUGUCUGCAUCCCUGGCUAAAGAUGAUGUUACUGAGUCUGUUGUGAAAGAAGAAAACCUCAUGGUUCCAAUAGAUAAUUCAGCCCUAGUGUCCAAAACAAGCAUUGAUGGUGUCUUAAAUAUCACCUCUGGAGGUGGUUGGAAGCCAAUACCGUUUGUGGUCAACAGCAAGAAGGAAGAGCCACCUAUUUCCUCCCAGCCUGUAGAAUCUUUAAUGUCUAAAGAGUGCCAGACUUCUCUGGAGAUAUCUUCUGUUGAGCCCAAAAAUUCCUCCACUGACCACCAGCCAGCAUUAGCCUCUGAGCCUAACCCCAGCGCCCAGCCAACUGUUGAAUCGGAUGGACCUGUUACUUCUGAAACCUUGUGUGGCUCAGAAGAUUUGCUGCCCCCUAAAAAGGAUACCGAUGAACUGGAGAAGGUGGCACCUCAGGGUGCAGAUGGAGAUCUGCUGACCUCACCACAACCUAAAACUCAGCAUAUGUCUGGAGAGGCAGAGACAAAGGAAGGACAGUCUUUGAAGUCCAGGUCUCCUUCAAAGAGGAAAAAGUCAAGGUCUAAGUCUCCCGGUCAGAAGAAACGCUAUGAUGCAAAGUCCUCCAGAAAGAGGAGGUCCAGAUCCAAUUCUGCGGGAAAGAGGAAGAAAUCACGCUCUUCGUCAAGGAGCCGAAAGAAGAAGUCCAAAUCCAGGACACCGUCACGGAGAAGGCGGUCUCGCUCCAAGUCGGGAGCAAGGAAGAAGAAAUCCCGGUCUAGAUCGAGAACGCGGACCAAGCGCUCAAAAUCUCGGUCACCAAAAAGGAAACGGUCCAAAUCACGGUCUCCUGCUCGGAGGUCAAAGCGGACGAGGUCACGCUCUGGUUCUCGGCGGAGGGGGAGGGGUGGAUUCGGCGCCCACCAGCUGAGCCAGAGGGACCGCUGGAAGCGUGAGCCAAGCCACUCCCCAGUCCUCAUCCUCCGUAAGAAGAGGUCUCCGGCACGCACCAACCGCGACACCAGCAAAAGCCCGCCACGACUGACAGAGCUGGACAAAGACCAGUUACUAGAGAUUGCUAAGGCUAAUGCCGCUGCCAUGUGUGCAAAGGCGGGGAUGCCCAUCCCAGAGAGUCUACGACCCAAAGCCACCUUCCAGUUGCCUUUACCCAACCCCAACAUGUCCUUCCCCAUGAACAUGCCCAUGAACAUGCCAAUGAGCAUGACCAUGAACGCAGCAAUGGCUAGCAUGACCGCCGCCACCAUGACCGCCGCCCUGGCUAGUAUGGGAUCUAUGGCGUCCUUGCACCAGAUGGCCCCGCUCCCCAGCAUUACCAACAAGCCCCCGCCGGGCCCUCCUCAGCCCAACACCGCCACCAUCGAGGAUGUCAAGAGGAAGGUGGCCAAGCAGGCCAACAGCAUCAGCAUCAAGGAGUUCACCGAUAAGUGUAAGAAGAUUGUGGAGAAGGGGGGGGAGCUUGCAAUCGCAGAGCCCCGCAUGUCUGAUGACGAAGACGAUGGCAAACCGUUUGGACGAGCCGCCCUCAGGGAGGUCAAGGGCAUCUCCUUCAGCCUCAAUAACGCAUCAGUGCGUCCAUCACCCGCGUUGGCGGUUCGGAGCGAGGCGGCGUUUGCCAAAGAGUUCCCUGUGUCGUCCGGCUCCCAGCACAGGAAGAAAGAGGGCGAUGUGGGAGGGGCUUAUGGAGAGUGGGUGACCGUCGACAAGAAAGCGGAGAAGGCAAAAGGGCCGUCACCGACGGCCAAGGCCUCAGCAACUGCUGCCAAGGAUGCGUCGCCAGGGGAUGCGCCUUUGACGGCCGUACCCACGGCAACGGAGGAGCCGGCGAUCGCCAAGGAGAGCGAUAGUGUAUUUCCGGAGCCUCCGCUACAGCCCGUGGACAUCACCCAGGCGGUCGGGGAGAGAAUGAAGGCCCAGAAGCGCCUGGCUGAAAACCCGUACGACGUCAGUGCCAUCUGCAUGCUCAGCCGUGCUCAGGAACAGGUGGAUGCGUGGGCCCAAUCCAACACCAUCCCUGGACUGUUCACUGGUUCUACCGGGGCUACGGUGCUCAGCUCAGAGGAGCUGUCCAACAGCGGACCGCAGGCCUGGAUCAAAAAGCAGGUGCAAAUGCAGUACGGCCACCCGGCCACUAGGGGUGCUCUGGCCUGUCCGCUAAGUAGAGUCCCCCUCGGAGUCGGAAUAGGGACUCGGAGAGUGAAAGAGGGAGGGAGGGGAGGAAGGAAGGAAGAGGAGAGCUGGAACACAGCUUGGCUGGCCAUGUUUUGGAGGACACAUCCUGAUCUUCAACUCUCCUGAGCCUGUUGGGCGUUGUUGCAUUAAGACAAGGUAGUAACUACAAAUUGGAUACCAUGAAAUUGGGGAAACAUAUCUUUUUUUUAAGACGACAUAAGGACAGGAAGUCACUUUAGACUAUUUUGGUAGUUUGAAAAGUAGAUAAAUAUAGUAAUUUGUGUCCGCAAAGCUGGGUCUCCCGAUCAUGCCCCCCACCCACACACACACAACCACACAAUGUCAGUGGGUCCUGAGACAGUAGUAGUCUUGUCAGUGGACCCUCCUGCACUCUCCUACAUCCCUCUGUAGUGGCUUGUGUGAAGGGCUGUUUGAAGCCAAUGUGUGUAGCUUUAUUCCAAGCCACCCUGAGCUAAAUUAGACAUCCGCAGGAAUCUCCCCCCACCCACUCGCUCUCUCCUGUCAGGUUACUCGGUUGUAUCAUUUAGCUGUACAAAGGGAUGAACCUGCUGAGGUCAGUCUUUUUUCUUUUUACACAAAACCAAUUUCACAUUUGGUACGGGUCACAGAUAUAUGGGCAUAUGUCAUAAAUAUGCUAUUUUCACGUUCCGAUGAGUCGGCCUUGAUCAUGCUAACGUCACUAACAUCAGUCGGCUAGCAAUUAGCUUGGAGCACACUAGUGUUUUCUCUGCUGUCUGGGGUGUAUUCAUUCCACCCAGUCCCAAUGCAAAGCGUUUCUUGAACGGAACAAAACUGGGAGGGACUUACCUGAAUUUGUCCUGGAGAAACGCUUGUCAGUUGCGACAAGGACCUUUUGCAACAUAUUUGACAGAAUGAAUACUCCCUCGGACUGUGAUGUUUGUGGUGGUUUGAACCAGACAAGGGGAAUUCUGUUUACUCGGUGGGUUCAGGGGGUCUAUUGUUGGACCAAUCAGUGGUCUCCAUAUCUAGCCCAGGCUGUGCAGGGUUUUGGUCCACCCUAGCACCGCAUCAGAUAGGUUAGUGCUCGGCUGUAACAAAAACCUGCCAGUCCGUAAUUGGAGACCACUGGUUGAGGGAUAUCUCUGCUCUGAGGGCACUAGAUGAGGGACCUGUCCGGGCCCUUUCUUUAGCCCUGUACUGGGGGAGGCUGCCAGGCUGAAGUUGCUCAUAGGCACAGAUCUGGGGUCAGCUUCCUGGUAUCACAUCCUAACUCCAAACUGAUCUUGGACCCGUGUCUAUGGGCAACUCUGCUCCCCACUCAUUGGGGCAGAAAGAGGAAGGGGGGGGUCGGUAAGAGGGGGUCGGGUCUGGAGCGGGGCAGAGGGAGAGAGAGGUGUGGGUUCACAGGGACGACCUGUGAACUUUCACCCCUCUGUGUAUUGGACACUCGUUUCAGGGUCAGUCCUUGUAGCUGUCCUUGUUGCCAUGGCCACUGUCAGGCCCCCUGUCAUUUCCUGUGUGGCGCUGGGCCGGUGAUGAGGGGCUAGGUAUGUACAC